AUGGACAACGCGGUACCGCAAGCUAGUUCAGCGUAUCCUGCACCACCGUUGGAGUCCGGACAAUUCCGUCUGCUGCAUCUUGAGGCUGGCACAUGGGCGGAUGAGAUUCGAUGUACACUACAGUCAUCGGUCUUGAGACGGGGAGGCUUUGAAGCCGCCUCGUACGCAUGGGGUCCCUUACAUCUUGGCAGAAAUAUCACACUACAGGGAGUACCGAAAUGGCCGGUCACAGACAAUGCAUUCGAUAUGCUGCGGCGCUUGCGCUACACCAACAAGUCCCGUGUUCUGUGGAUGGACGCAUUGUGCAUCAACCAGAAUGACCUGGACGAGUGA